AUGGAAUCACAAAGUCCAUUUAAAGGAUUAUUGUUUUGCUUUACGGGACUGGAUCAAGAAGUAUCUAAAUCAUAUAUAAAGAAAAUUGUUAAAUUAGGUGGUCAAUAUAAUGGCGAUCUUACACCACAAGCAAACGUAUUGGUCAUCGGAUCAAAUCCAAUGCAAUCUGCUAAAUAUCAAUUUGUCACUAUGCAUCGUAAUGAUAUGGCUGUAAUUCAUUUUAGUACAAUUGAUCAAUUAUAUGAUAUUUGGGUUAAUGGUGAUGAUAUUUCAUGUAAAGAUCAUUUUAAUUAUCAAAAAUAUAAAAAUAAUGAUCCCUUAAGAAUGUUACAUGUAUUACAUUCAAGAUAUGAAGCAAAGCCUCUAACAGAUUUUUAUAUCUUCUUAGGUAGAUGUCAAAAUGAAGAUAUUAAAGAAUUGGAAUUUUUUUGUCGUGCAAUGGGUUGUAUCGAUUGUAAUUCUACACAAUUUAUUAUGGAUAUAAAGAUUACCCAUCCGAAUAAAAAUAUUUUAUUUAUUACAGAUAGUACAAAUAGUGCAAGAGCACAAGCUGCAUUAUCCGUUGGGGGAAUACCUCUAGUUCAUUUUAAAUGGUUAAGAGAUUGUUUUAUUAGAGACCUUGCAUUACAAUAUGAUCCUUAUUAUCUUGUUGAAAACACCAUGGGAUUAUCUUACGAAGAAAUCGGCGUUGGUGCUUGUGAUUCUGUCGAACCACGUAUUUCUAUACCAAGUCAACAUUUGACACCAACUAUUGGUAAUAUAGAUUCUGAUGAUGAAAAUACUUCGCAUCGUUUAAUGACAAAUAAAUUAAAACCAAAAGUUGAUAAAAUAUGGGAAAGAACAUUUGCAUCAAAUGAUAAUAAUAAACAGAAAACCUCCGAUCUUACCACUAAUGGAAAAUCAACAACAAAUAGUGAACCUACUAUUCAAGAUGAACCUAUACAUGGAUGUUUCCACGGUUGUAUAUUUACCAUACAUCGUAGUUUUGAUUCGAGAAAAUAUGAAAUCCUUGAGAAAGUUAUCACUAAAAAUGAUGGAUCAGUUCAUACAAGAAUCACUAACGCAAAUUAUUUGAUAGUACCAAGUAAUAUGUCCUUGGACUCAUUAAAUAUAGAUCCCAAUCUGGAGACAAUGCCAGAAUUGGUCACUGAAUUUUUCAUUGAAAGAUGUUAUUAUUAUAAAAAACUUAUAUCACCACCAGAUUCUUGGUCAAAACCGUUCCUUUACACGUCAGAUUUUAAAUUAGUACCAUCAUUAAGAUUACUUCAAAAUCACAAUGAUCAAGUAUUAAAUAUAGCCAUUACUGGAUUUUAUGGUGUGGAACUAUUACAAUUGAAAAAAAUAUUGGAAUUAAUGCAACCUAUGGGUAUUUGUUUCUCAGAAUUCUUAAAUAGAAAGACAGAUAUUCUAUUACUAAAUAUUGCAUCUUUGAAUAGUAUACCAAGGACACAUGCUCUUUGGACUAACGAAUACAGCGAUUUACUUUUAGAGAAUUAUAAACAAUGUGAUCCAAAUUCUCCUGAGAAAGAACGCCAAAAUAUUCAUAUGAGCCCUGUAUUUAAAAAAUCAAUGAAGGAAAAAAUUAAUUUUGCUAGAGAGAAGCAUCCAAUACCUAUUAUUACACCUGCAUUUAUAAUGGAUAUCUUUCAUACAGCAAGAGUAUUCACAAGAAACAUAAUUGACGAUGAACCUAAGAUACGUAUAUCAGAUAGCAGAUGGACAGUUUGUCUACCUAGAGGAAAUGCUAGUAGUUUCAUUUGCAGAUUGAAAUAUAUCGAUCCAACCAAGAGUUUAAUCCUUAAUGGGAACCAAGAUUCGCCAAAUAAGCAAUUAGAUACGAAAGUGAAAAAGGAAGAUCAUAUCAGUAGACCUUCAUCAAAUUUCUCCUCUGCCAAGGCAAUGGCGCAAGAUGUAGUAAACAUCAUGCAUACCUCUUCAUCUGCUCCCCAAAAACUUUUAAGAAAACGGGUUCAACAAUCAGAAACUAGUUACAAAUCGUCACCUUCUCCAAUAAAACAGGAAACGAUGACCAUUCCUACAAUGAAAAGACCAAAAUUGGCCAUGGUGAAGAAACCUAGACCUGUCGAAAGAGAAGUUAGUUGGGGUAGUAUGAUUUCCGAUGAAUUAAAACGUACCGGUCAGGAUAAAAUAAGACAAGAAAAGAAUGAAAUACAGGUGCAGGACUCUGUCGAGAAUAACGAAGCUUAUACACAGGUAACUUAUGGUCGCCGUGAUCAGGUAGAGCCUGAGAAUCAUACUACAAAGCGUAUGACAAGACACCAUGCGAAAGAACUCGGAAUAUAG